AUGGUCAAAAGGACAUCAGCACACUCAUUGCAAGCGCAAAAGCAGAGACUGGAAUCACUGGUGGGUGCAUUCCCUAAAAAACUCAUUGGAUUGAAUCAUAUUAACACUCUUGAUUCACCACUGAUUGCAGCUAACGGAAUAACAGAUCGAGUCAGUAACAUGCUCGAGCCAUACCUCUCAACAUUGCAAACGAAAUUACCGGCUCUCGAAACUCACCUCAAUGCCUUGCGGUCCGAAAUUGUCAAUCGAGCGCUGGACCCACCCGAACCGACGGCCCAUCAAACCAAAGUUGAACACGAGAUUGGCCGUCUACAAGAUUCCUUCCAGAGACAUACGACAACAUCCACAAACGCCCAAUCACAAGAUCAUGAGAGAAUUUUGAUACUCGAACAAGAAUUCAAGACAUUGAACAAUUCAAUCUUACCUUUAUCUACACUUUCACCAUUACUACAAAGCUUUCUUCAAGCAGAACUAUCUCGUCAAUCGACUUCUCGAGAGCAAAUUCAAACAUGCGAACCACUGCACACUGAAGUUGACCAAAAUCCCAUAGCUCACGAAAAUCAGGAGACAGGACUGGAGGAAGCAACAACACUUGAUGCAUCUCAAGUCGUUACUACUCCCACAUUUCAAUCAUGCUCCACAGGUAUUUUCAACGAGUCUCAAAGAGUAGAGAUUCCCAUGAAAGAGCCAAACCCUCCAUCUAGCAUUCCGCAUCAUUUAUCUACAGAAAUCGAUCGAGAUCAUCCAACAACAGAUUCAUCGCUCAAUGAUUUAAAUCCUAAGGAAGCCGAAUCACGACCGCCUCUCGGGAUUAUGGAGGAUGGAGUAACACACUGCGCACCAAAGUUUCCGGAAGAACUUCUGCCAAGGAGACCUUCGCUGAUCGAUCUCAUUGCAACGGAACAGCAAACCAUGCUUGAUCACUCAAAGAUUCAGCUCGAGGAACUAAAAUCACUUGAAAACGCUUCACAAGAAGCUCAACACAUCUUAACUCAAGAUCAUCCUAGCUCUGAAACCAAUGUUCGAAAACGGUCUAGAUCGCGUCGACUAACCGGUACACCAAAACGCUACCUCACCAGAGCACAUCAAGCUUCGAAUCCAAAUUUGUGCUACCAACAUGAUCUAGACAUUCUCAGAGAGAGACCCAAAGGCCCAGAGAAGGAAACCAUCAUGAAGAACGGUACAGAGAAAUCUGACGAGUUGAGAAGUCUCAAGACUCGAAAAUUGGAUUCUGCACUUUCAAAAAAUGUGGAACGUCAAUCACCUUCUUUUCAAUCACAUCGAGCCUUUUCAUCUUCCGUAAAUAUUACUACUGGGGCAGGCAUCAAGGAUCACCCAAAUUCUACAGGAGGUAUGAUGCCGUCUGUAGUAUGGGUUAGACAUUGUUGUUCUACUUCAAGUUUGAUGACCCAACACUAG